GCGCUGCUCCCAGCUGGUCCGAGUCGUGCUCCGGCGUUCCAUCGCCCCGGGCUGCCUGGAGAGGCGGCGGCCGCGGCUGCUGCAGCCGGAAAGGAGGAGGGAAGCCGCCCCCCGGUCAUCUGACCCCAGACCAGCGUCCGGCGAGGGCGGAGGACCGAGAGGGCAGCCGGCCAGCGGCGUUUGCAACCGGACCCGCCUGACCACGGAAGCUCUCCGGGCAUUCCUCUGUCCCCACCUCCUUCCUUUCCCUCUGGCCAUGAUGCAUCUCCUCCCCUGGCCGCGGCCUCUCCUCCCCCCGGCCCUUCCGUGAUCCCCGGGCAGCCUUUCGCUCCUUUGCACCUCCUCGGUCGCCUUCCUGCUCCUCCCCCCCGCCUUGGUGAAUUUCCUUUCUGGGGAGGGAGGGGGUGAGGGUCUCAGGGCUGCUGUGUCCCCCCCUUCCCUUCUUCCCUUCCUUUGCGCCCCCCCCCCCUUCUUUGUAUUGUCAUCCCGUUCCCUUUCCACUAGGAAAAGUUGCUGUCCGAUUCUGAUUGGCGCCCCUCCCCUUUUUAGAAUUUAGGAAGUUUGUCUUUUGGGGGGGGAGGCGAUUGGGGGGCUGAGUUUGUGUUUCCUCCCUUGAAUGCUGGCACCAAAGCCCAAAUCCUGUCAUUUUGGAGAAGGUAGGCGCCCCCCCUCUCCACUCCAUUCGAGUCCUCUCCUCCUGAAUUUCAUAUCUUUCUUCCUUGGGAGACUUCAGACUCUGGUUCUCAUUCACUUUCGAAAUCAGUCAAUUUCGGGGGGAACUGUUCUUUCUGGAAGGAAGUUCUCAUCCUUUCCCCCUGUCCGCUUUUUCCCCUCCCCUCGUCCAUCUGAUUGGAAAAAAGUCAAGAUUUGGAUCAGCUCUAGAUUUGGCUCAAGAUUGGAUCAACUCUGAGGACGGCUCGCUAAUUGCGGCAACCUCGUUUCAACUUUUAUUUUGCAGCUUCCUGUCAUUGUGGAAAGGGACUCUCUUGGCACAGGGAGGUGCGUGGCUUUUUCCAGUCGUAUGGUUUUUUUUCUUGUAAAGACCGAAAAGCAUCUGGAAGACGGAGGGGCUGUGAGUCGUUUGGUUUUUUUUCUUUUAAGGACAGAAAAGCAUCUGGAAGGCAGAGGGACUGUGAGUCGUUUGGUUUUUCUUUUUUUUUAAGGACAGAGAAGCGUUUGGAAGACGGAGGGGCUGUGAGUCGUUUGGUUUUUUUCUUUUAAGGACAGGAGAGCAUCUGGAAGGCGGAGGGGCUGUGCACCGCGUAACCCCUUCCCCAGAAGUGGAGGGGCGCUGGGCAGAAAUACUCAACCUUUGUGUUUCUCAAAGCAUCCUCUUGAAGGGGACCAAAAAAAGGGUGUAUUUGUGUCUUACAUAGAGGGUCGCAUGCAACACGAACUUGCGCUCCGAAGGCUUUUUUUGGAUCUUUAUAGGAGACCCCCACUGCAAUGGGGCUUUAAGGCAGCAUAGGUUUCCCCCUGGCGAGUGUGGGAGUGGUGGAGAAUCUCUGCAGGAGAGAAGGAAGGAGCGUGACAGAAACCGGGAGGAGGAGCUGACCCAGCACGUGAAUGGCUGCCAAGGAUUAUGACCACUUGUUCAAGCUGCUCAUCAUCGGGGACUCUGGAGUUGGGAAAAGCAGCCUCCUGCUCCGCUUUGCAGACAAUACUUUUUCCGGUAGCUACAUCACAACCAUCGGGGUAGACUUCAAAAUUCGGACACUAAUGGUAAAUGGGGAGCGGGUGAAACUGCAGAUAUGGGACACCGCAGGACAAGAGCGUUUCCGGACCAUCACCUCCACGUAUUACCGCAACACGCAUGGCGUCAUCAUUGUGUACGACAUGACAAACCCGGAGUCCUUUGUCAAUGUCAAACGCUGGCUGCACGAGAUCGGGCAGAAUUGUGACAGCGUCUGCAAGAUCUUGGUGGGCAACAAAUGUGAAGACCCCUCACGGAAGCAGGUGGACACAGCCGACGCCCGGCGGUUUAGCGAGCAAAUGGGAGUGCGGCUUUUUGAGACGAGCGCAAAGGAGAACCUCAACGUUGAAGAGAUGUUCAACGCCAUCACAGCCAUGGUGCUCCGGACCAAAAAGGACAACCUGGCCCGGCUCCAUCAGCAGAACGAGGUGGUCAAGAUCAACAAGUCCAAGAAGAAACCGUCGGUCAAGAAAUGCUGCUGAAGGGGGUUGUCUUCUCCCGCCACGCUACAAAUUCCAAACGAGGACUGGACACUUGUGUGGGGUGUAGGGGCCGUAAACCUUUGUGGGGGGUGGGGUUGGGAUCUGGGCGGGAGGGAGAUGGAAGGGAAUAGGAGUUCUCUCUCCGGGGUUGCCUGAAGAUCCAGAUAAGUCCUGAAAUUCUUCCUUGCUGGUGGGAAGGUGGUGUCUGGAGAAACGGGACUGGGGCGAACCGAGGCGCGUCAAAAGGUUCUGCUGAACCAAAGGAACGCUUUGCUACAAGGCAACGAGAAGAAUACACCGUGCUAAACCUCGACAAGUGCUGCCCCUAAACUCUUCCCUUUUAUUCACUCCUUCACCCCCUCCCAUUAAAUCACUAGGAACAGGGGAAGAAAAAAAUAAGGCGGACUUUAACUUUGGAGAACCAUUUUUCUGCUUGUAGGCUCACUUGCGGUUAACGAGGUGUCAGUUAGAGUCAGGAGUAAGGAAGGAAGAAGUCUCAACAUUUCACCUAGCAGUAGUGGGCAUUUCCCCUAUUUUCCCCUUUGGUUUGCUUAGUUAAGGCCAGGAUGGGGAGGAGGACAGCUUUUGUCCCGAGGAAUGGGGUGGGCGUUGGAAACGGGGCCGUGUUCUGCUCCUCUCUGUCUGUGAGAUAGGACCAUUCAUCUCUUCCUUGCUCCCCACGUACCCCUUGAAGCAUUUUUCAAGAAAAAACUGUGGCUGUCAAUGGUCAAAUAGGCUGGGUUGGAACAAUUAUUUUUUUUUGGUAAGUCUUCGUACCUGCAGGUUUGGUCUGUGGGUGCUAAUUUGUCAGUUCAGGGCGGGGAUGCUUAUUUAAACAAGACGCUUAAGAGGAUGUCUGGAGCUGCAAACCUCCACCCUGCAGCCGCCAAGCUGUGUGGGUGCGACAGAAUCGCACGCUCGUCUUGUCCCCCUGCCCUUGCCCCGGUCCGUCAAUCUGGGCCCCUAUGACUGUGCAAUAAGUUUUGCUUCUCAGAUUAUUUUAUAUACACAUAAAUGAAUAUGUAUAGAAUUAAAACUUUUUUUUUGUUUUUGUUUUAACCCACUGCUAACGGCAUUAAACUCGGUAAGGAGACACCACUAUUCAAUAAAGGAGCAUUUAGAUACGA